AGCUAAAAGCAAACAGAAGGAAUUAGAAAAAAACAUACUUACCAAAGUCUCAGGAAACAACCCAAGUACUUCAAGCUUUUUUAGCACUUCAAGCAACUCUAGCAGCUCUACCCAGGUGAGAUCAAAUACGUUGGUUGCCGAAAAUGUGGUUAUAGAAAGCUGCUUAGAUGGGUAUGAUAAUGACGAUGAUGAUUUAUGUGAUCCAGAUCUUUCAAGCGAUAAUGAGAACCCUAUUGACGAUGAUAUUUCAGUAAAUGAGUUAACUCAUUCGAAUUUUAAGCAAAAAAGCAGAGAAACUAUCAAUAAAAAUACAAAUUUACAGAAAAAAAUCUGGUUGGCUUCAACCAUUGGUGCUAUUGCUGAGGCAAUUUAUGAUGCAAUUAAAAAAAUAAAGUAUCCAACCAAUGAACACCUUAUGAAGAUAUGUUAUGACAUGCUAUCAGAUAUAAAAAAAGACGAAUUUCAAAAUAAAUCAAAUAUUGUGGUUAAAAACGCUAUUUUAACAAGAAUAUCUGUUCACUUUGAAUUCCCAGAUCUCGUAAAACUAAAAACAGGAAAUCGGCAGGUCAUGUAUAAAAAGGAACGAAAGUUCAAAGAAGCUGAUGUUACAAAGGAAUGUUAUUUAAAACUUAACCAUCCCAUUGACGUUAAUGACGAUUUGCAUUACACCUAUCUUAAUUUGAUAAUUAACUGUACCUUUGCAGAUCCUAAUACAGAAAAAAAUUCUAUUGCAUUUGGAAUGGCCGUUGCUUUAAACUAUCUUGAUCCUUCAAAAAGAAUUAGCAUGGUUCCAAGUGAAGUCAUAGAAUAA